UUGCAUUUCAUCGGCCACAUCACCCAUUACGAUAGAGGCUUAGAAGCUGUGCUAAUGAAUAACAUACAAUGUUUUUCGAAGUUUAGUGGACAAGAACAAUUAACUCCUCUUCCUCCUCUACUGACUGCUGAGAAUUUCCCACUUUCUGCACCACAUCAGCCCUAAUGUCGCGUCGAGAAGACCGUAAUUACGACUCGAAACGUCACCGUUCGCGGUUCGACCGUGAAGCCAGUCCUAAGAGAUCUAGAAGGGAUGGUAAACCAGCUACUGAAAGACUGCCUUCUGACACCGAAUUGCAUAACGAUCAUUUGGACCGGGAUCAGAAGCUCCGACGUCGGCUGCAGGAUGCAUUGCCCCUUGAGGCAACAUCAGCACAGGAAUCUAAGGUUGAAACUCAAGCUGUUGGCAAAGAAUCCGAAAACAAGACUAACGGACACUAUGAAGGAACCAAACAUUCUCCAACUAAAAUACCUCGGUCCCAAUCGUACUUUCAGCACGAUGAUCGUCGUAGUGCCGGGCAAGUUGGGAGAAGCUUCAUUCGCAGGACAGAUACUGAAUGGAGGAAAGAUCCGAAGGAGCAGUAUGGCGACAGGAUGGAGAAGAAAGCAGUAGGAAGUGAUACACAGCAAAAAGACGAGAAACCUGAAGAUAAUCGUGUAUGGCGCCAUGAUGGGUACUUCGAAAUGGAGGCUGAUCCAAAACCACCUGUACGUAAAAGACCUUCCUUUAGAGAGCAAAAGAUUCCCUCGGUUCCUGAGAAAACUGACAAGGCAAUAGCAAAACUUCAAGAUCAGCCGGUGGGAAAUGAAAGACAAGGUGUGCGAGAGCAUGUCUCACGUAAUUAUGACAGGCCCGAGAGAUCAGUCGUGGGGGAGAGGGAGGCAAAAAGGGGUGAAGCAGGGAGGGGUAACUCAUCCAGAGAUAGGUAUGGUGCCAGCAGUGGUUACAGGGGCAGAGAUUGGCUGGGUGGAAGGCAAGGCUAUCGUCCAACUGGUGGCCGUGUUGAGAAAUGGAAGCAUGAUCUUUACGAGGAGUCGAACAGGAGCCCGACCCCGAAGAAUGAAGAAGAUCAGAUUGCCAAAAUUGAAGCUCUCUUGGCUUCGUAACCAUUCAGUGGCUUUAAUUGAGGAUUGCAUUACAACUUCGAACUUGAAGCAACAUUCUCUUAAACCUGACAAAUCCGGAAUCCUCUUUUAUAAUUUUGCUGUGGAGUCAUGUUACUAUUAUCUGGCUUAAAUUACAUUUUGUUUUGUUGCGUUUUGUGCAUCAAAUUUUUUGCAUUUUGUUUCAAUAAUGACGGGGUUGCUGUAUUGCACAAACUGCA